AUGACACAGCCCACAGCCAUGUCCACGGGUUGUCCUGUGUCCCCCAAGCGUACGAGCUAUGGUCUUGAGCUCCUCAGCCGCCUUGCCAGCCCAAGCCUGCGUGCCCUCAAGGCCGCAGAGCAGCAGCAACACCCCGAGCAACCAGAGCCACACCUCAGCCCUGAGCCUGCAUCCCCAACCACGGCGCGGCGGAGCAGGAGACUUGCCACCCCAUCGACUUCCCACGCUUCGAGUCCGCAACCAGCGAGCAACACCCCCACCACUCCAGGCCCAGCCUCGUCCUCAACGCCCACACGAACACAAAUUCGAACUGCCACAAGCUCCCGAACCUCAGCCCGUGCCCUAGACCUGGGCCAAGCUGCCGUGGACCAGCUGCCUCGGGCCCGUGGGCCUCGCUCUUCGUCGCAGGCCUCUCAUCAGAGCGGUGCUAAAACCAAGCUGCUUGAACAAGCCGAGGCAAAUUUCACACUCAAUAUUCCCAGCAAACCUAUCCGUCGCAUGGACAAGACCUUGGGACGGAUUGCGCUUGGAUUCAUCGAGUUUUGCAAGGAUCGCCAGGACCCAGAAGUCAAUCUCAGUGACGCCGCCGCAGCUCUUGAGGUUGAACGCCGGCGCAUUUACGAUGUCAUUAACGUCUUUGAAGCACUUGAACUCGUUUCACGCAAAGCCAAGAAUACAUACACCUGGCGGGGUCUUGACGCCUUGCGCACCACCCUGGGUAAACUCAAGACCCUGACCACCACUGAGGCCAACACACCCAAGCGCACAAAUUCCGACCCUGACUCGCCCAACACGCGGGCUGACAGAUCCCUUGGUGUCCUGACCCAGCGCUUCAUCAUGAUGUUUCUUGUCAGCUCGACCGGAUCUGUUCAGUUAGACACGGCGGCUGACCGCCUCAUCUUUGGCUUGGACUGCCCACCAGAGAAGAAGAAUAAAAAUCAACUUCGUCGACUUUAUGACAUCGCUAACAUUCUGAGCAGUCUUGAUCUAGUCAAAAAGGAUUCGGGCUCUCAAAAGGGGAAAACGAAGUUUGUUUGGUGUGGCGAGGACCCAGCCAAGCUGCCUGCCAUCAACACCGACGAAUUUCUGUCCCCUGAUCGUCAACCCACCAAGCGUUCCCAGCGACAGUCACUCCUUGCCGGUCGUCCCGAUUCGUCUGCGUGUACACCCGUGGCCAAGCGGGCUCGACAGAGCGCCGAAAGUCCGCCCAAAUCAGACGAAACACCCACUUCGAGCCAGCCUUUGUCUGGUGGUCCCAGUCGCACACUACCUUUCUCGUUUCCGACGCCCAUUGCACAACCCAAUUUUGAGGAUGAUAAGGCGGAUCUUCCCUCGACCUCUGCGACCAGCUCUAUGCCCUCCUCUGAUAUUGCGUGCACCACCUCGGCAGACGCGUCGGGGCCCUUCACGACAACCUCAUGUGCCCCUGCCUCAUCGCUGGCCUCAAGCACCCUUACUCCUUUUCCCAUGCAUGCUCUGACCAGCCUGCCACCAAACGCUCAAAUCCACAUUGUCGUGCAUCACCAAUCAACACCGCAAGACUUGAUAGGCUUGACGCGCUCAGCCCUCCCGUCUUCUUCGCAGGUGUUUGUCGUCUCGCCCUCAGCCCUGCAGUUAAACCCAAACGGGCCCAUCCAUGUGUCACACGGCUAGUCUGUCGACGAUAAUCAUCCCUGUGUCACUAUUUGAUUGCAUGUGGCGGACAACACUGCGUGUUGAUACGUGAUCAGAAGAGCGUUGCCUUGCCCAAGGCUGGCUUCUGACACUAAUCUGCCCUCAGCUGACCAUCCAGUGUGAAGUGCCGUGUUUGAUUUUAUUUUCUUGUGAUGACGCUGCCCCAGCCAAGGUUGGGUUUGUUGCUUGAUGUCAUGCCCAUGACAAUUGGCUCCCAAUGCAUGUUUGCCUCGUUCGAGUUUCUAUUAGUUCCGCGUGACUGGAAGGCCGACAGCUAUAUUAUUCAAGCGAGUUGAAACUGAAGCCUGAAGAAAAAUUGAAGAAAAAAACUUG